AUGUCUGAGAAUUUAAUUAAACGUGCGAACUGUAAUGUGGUUAUUUCGGAAGUAUUGGCGUUUAUACGCAAUAAACACGAUGUUAUGGACAAUGAGAGUCUCGUAAGGAUUUGUCAGUCGGCUUUUUCUGAAGAGGAGAUUGAUGAGGCGAAGAAAAACAGCGGACCGAUAGGACCACCGCACGUGACGUCGGAGCUUACAGCUGACGCGAGCGGCCGCACGACGUGUGACGUCACAGCAGCGUCUCACGGCAAUAACAAUAUUAUGAGUGCACCUACUAACAAUCAAAACAAUGAUUUAUUUAACAAACCAGCGUAUAGUGCUCUGUCCCACUCUCCGGCAAUUAAUAAAGUUGUUCCGGCUGCACCUGUGAGAUCGCCUGUGCUGUGUAGUGAGGGCAUUAAGACGAAUAAUAAAGUAAUAUGA